AUGUCUAUCUCGAUUUUAAAAACCCAUUAUCGGUGGGGUGCCACCAUUUUAACACCUGGACAGAUUGAAGAAAUUAGACAUCUCAAAAAUAAGUGUUCACAGCAAAAUGGAAACCACUUUUUUGAGGAGCUUAGGAAAGCACAAUCUAUCUCUUCGGAGAAUGGUUCAGAAGUUUAUGCUAAACAACCUUGCAAAGCAUCUGAUGAGUCAACUCCAAAAGAAUCAUCUGAGGUUGUGGAGGACCCUCUGGGAUCAUCACCUGCUAAUAUGAAUAUACAAGAAAAGCAAAAAAAGAAAAAGAAACUGUUAAAGUUUGGAUCCAUUCGAAAUUCUAACUUACCUAAAAUUUCGGCUGGGGUUCUUGCCAAAACUCCUUACUAG